UAUUUAUAAAGGGGUGCAGAAUCAAAAUUCCAUCACUUCAACCAAAGCAGCGCUUCUAUGAGAAAGCGAUCAACAAUCAUGGUCAUCUUCACUUACUUGAUGCUCGCGAGUGUGAUUCUUGUCUGCUCUUUGGUUGAACAGAGCAAUGCUGCUGUGCUUAGAGUUAACAAAAACGUUGCCAAACUAAAUCAAAUCACUGGUGGCGAUCUCGAAGUAGAAAGUGAAUAUUCUGAGAAUCAGGCAAAGGCUCAAGACACCAGGGAAACAGUGUCCAACCAACGUAGCAAACGUAGUGCACAUUUGAACUUUAGCGCAAUGAUGCCAGGACCAAGAUUUCACAAACACAGGGGACACCGUCGCCAUCUUAAGUCAAGACGCAACAAAUCCAGGUCGCCAAAUGUCCGAAGAAGAAUAACAGCCGGAGGUAAAGGUACGUGGACGUGGUUACCCGCAUACAAAAGAUACGCCUGGUUGCCAGAAGAAAAGCCAGACAAGGACGACAGUUUCAGCAAACUUAUGCGUUAUGGAAAGUAAAUUAAACCUGAAGAAGUGAUGUAACGGCUGUAAAGUCCCAAAAAGAAAAAUAACAGGCGCAAAGGUGGACAUGGUUAUCAGCAUACAAGACAUACGCUUGGUUUCCAUUAGUCAAAAUAGAUAAGGACGAUACUUAAGAAAAGUAUAUAUGUUAGGGAAAUUGAAUUUAAAAUUAAGAAGUAAUGAAAGAAAUUAUACUUAUAAUAUAUAAGACUAUGCUAAGAUGUUGAUUAAUUUAACCGUUAAUUCAUGACGAUCGUGAAAUUAAUGACACGAAAAGAGUUCUAAUGUGAGUUUUAAUGAGACGAAAAGUAAAUUCUAUCAGGAGAAGUUUGUACACCUGCAUUAGGUGUAGUACGCACAUAUAAAACUGUAUCAUCGGCAUAAAUGAAUAAUGUAGAUUGUUUUUUAAUUAAUAUGUAUUUGUAUUUACAUUUCUUAUAAAUAUUUUCUUAUAAAUAAAUUCUUAUGCUUAUUUGCAAA